CCGCCACAUUCGUUUCUGCGGUCGCCCUCCAUUCUCGAAAGCUCGCCGUGAAUACCGCUGCUUUGACCCAAGUAGACCCUAACUUGAUACCUAUCCCAGCUACUGAUUCUCUUUGACGCUAUGCCAAGCGACCUCGAUAGGCAGAUUGCGCAGCUCUAUCGUUGUGAGCCAAUUUCGGAGGAGGAUGUCAAGAGGCUAUGCAUCAAGGCAAGAGAGAUCCUGAUCGAGGAAGCCAACGUCCAAGUAGUCGACUCACCCGUUACAAUAUGUGGCGACAUUCACGGCCAGUUUUGGGACAUGAUGGAGCUCUUCAAGGUCGGAGGGUCUUGCCCCGAGACGAAUUACCUGUUCAUGGGCGACUUUGUGGAUCGAGGCUUCUACAGCGUCGAGACAUUCCUGCUACUACUCACUCUCAAAGUUCGAUACCCCGAUCGCAUCACGCUCAUCCGCGGAAACCACGAAUCGCGGCAAAUCACGCAAGUCUACGGAUUCUACGAUGAAUGCCAGCGGAAGUACGGCAGCAGCAACGUAUGGCGGUGGUGCUGCGAGGUGUUCGACUACUUGGCUUUGGGAGCGAUCGUGGACGGGAGGGUGUUCUGUGUCCAUGGUGGAUUGAGUCCGAACUUGCAAGGCAUUGACCAGAUACGUGCCAUUGAUCGCAAACAGGAAGUGCCACACGAUGGACCAAUGUGCGACCUCCUAUGGUCAGAUCCGGAUGAGAUCUCCGGCUGGGGACUAUCGCCUCGGGGUGCCGGUUUCCUCUUCGGCGCGGACAUCACGAAAGCCUUCGCACAUCAUAACGGCAUUGAUUUGAUCGCCAGAGCGCACCAGCUCGCUAUGGAAGGCUACAAGCUGAUGUUCGACAGGACCAUAGUAACGGUCUGGAGUGCACCGAAUUAUUGCUAUCGGUGCGGUAAUGUGGCGUCUAUUCUGGAGCUGGACGACACUCUCGGGCAGGAGUACAAGGUCUUCGCGCAUGCACCAUCGGACGUACGAUCAAUACCGGCGAAACGACCACCAGCAGAUUAUUUCUUAUGAGAUUGUCAUCACAGAAUGAGAAUCUCAUCCCUCUCAGCUUGCAGUCACAUCGAACAUGCUCUAAUCAUUGAAUGUAUUGUACCCAUCGUGUAGCAAUUGAGCCUUUCCAUCGCUC